GCAGCGCGAGGGCCGGCGCGGAUAAGAGCCGCGGGCAGCGGGGGGGAGUGCUCCGCCGUCCGGGAGCCGCUGGCGCGCGGGGAGGCUGCUGGCGGGGUGCGAGCAGCGGCCCCGCCGGGGCGAAACGCAGCCCGGGCCGGGCCGGGCGGCGCCCCGGGGCGGGCGCGGCGCUGCCGCCGCCGCGGGCUCCGCGCCGACCUCUGCCCGCCCGCGGCGUGGCGGCAUGACAGGCAGCCGCCGGGCCGCAGCCGCCCCCCGCCAGCCGGCGGGAGGCGCGGCGGGGACCGCGGCCCCGGCGAAAAGUGACAUGGCCCCCCGGAAACAGCCGCGGCGGAGACUGCGUGUGCGGAGGGCCGAGCGGGCUGCGUGAUCGCGGGCCGCCUCUUGGCGCCGGGAUGGGCCAGACCUCGGUCUCUACGCUGCCUGAGCCGGCCGGCGUUGAUGGAUUGGAUAAGGCUUCAAUCGCUAACUCGGAUGGGCCAACCCCAGGAUCCCAAACUCCUCCCUUCAAGAGAAAGGGCAAACUCUCUACCAUUGGCAAAAUCUUUAAACCUUGGAAGUGGCGGAAGAAGAAGACAAGUGACAAAUUCAGAGAAACGUCAGCAGUGUUGGAAAGGAAGAUUUCGACAAGACAAAGCAGAGAGGAGCUGAUAAGAAGGGGAGUUCUGAAGGAAAUGCCUGAGCCAGAUGGUGAUGUAACAGUAAAUUUUGAAACUUCAAAUGGACACACCAUAGCUAUUGGUGAAGAAACCAUCCCGGAAGAAAACAUUGUAAAAGCCAGUGGAGAUAAUGGUACUUUAUCAGAGAAAGAAUCUGCAUUGGAAGGAAAAAAAGAAGAUCAAAAAGAGAGCACCACUGAUCACUGCCCAGAAAUACCGGCAUCCCAUGCUCCACCACUACCCAGGCCUAAGCCUAAAACUAAAAAAGCUCUGCUACCACCAAAAAAUGCUAUUGCUGCUUCCACCACCACCAGCCAUAAGAGUAAUGAAGCACCUCAUGCUAAAAAAAAGGGAAAGGCUCCUGCUAAGCAGCCUCCUCUCCCACCUCCCAAGCCAACAAGUCACAGUGCAAAUCGAGAAGCUGCUAGUUCUUCUCAUGCAAAAAAAACACCAGUCUCCAAGUCCUCUUCAUCACCAUCUCCUUUGUCCACAUCAUCUCAUCCCAAAGCCUCUAAGGAGACUUCCAGCAAAUCAGGCACAUCGGGGACUCCCAGGGGCAAGAAAAAACCUGGGAAACAGUCAGCCCCACGAACAGCACCAGAUGGGGCGGCUUCUUCCCCCUCAGGUGCCACAGCCAACAGGUUGGAAAUGAAGGUGGAAAAAUCUGAGCCUGAGCAACCUUCCAUAGUGAUUUCUGAAACUGAGGAUGCAGACCAGCAGAGCAAGCUAGUUGUCCCCCCUCCUCCCACUGCUGCCCCUCCACCGCCUCCGCCUCCACCUCCUUUUCCUGCUGCAGCCGGUCAGUCCAGUGUCUCAGAUGCACAAGCUGCAUUAGACAGCUGCGGAGCAGGGCCAUCCAUUGCUGGAUCAGAUUAUAAACCUCUUCUCCAGACUGAAUAUGGCACAGAUGAGAACCUGAGCAGUACAGCCCUAGACAACAGUCCAGAUGCUGGGGGAGAAGACAUGGAAAGUUUGGCUACCAGAGAAGACGAAGAGGAGGAGGCACCUAACCAAACACAUACUGAACCAGGGGAGGAAGCUUCUGAAGCUGCAGCCACUCCUGAGAGUGAAAGUGGCAGAGAGAGCCACAGCAGCGACUCGGACUCCGAUGGGCCCAUACUCUACACAGAUGAUGAUGAUGACGAUGAUGAUGAUAAUGGAAGUGCUGAAAGCUCUUUGGCAAGUAAAAUUCGUCGCAGGGAUACUCUUGCUAUCAAACUUGGCAACAGACCAUCUAAGAAAGAAUUGGAAGACAAAAACAUCUUGCAGUGUACAUCUGAAGAGGAGAGGCAGGAAAUCAGACAUCAGAUUGGAACAAAACUAGUGAGGAGACUUAGCCAGAGGCCUACAACUGAAGAGCUAGAACAAAGAAAUAUCCUAAAGCAGAAGAAUGAAGAAGAGGAACAGGAAGCCAAAAGAGAAAUAAAACGUAAACUCAGUAGAAAGCUCAGCCUGAGGCCUACAGUGGCUGAACUUCAAGCAAGAAGAAUCCUACGAUUUAAUGAAUACGUGGAGGUAACAGACUCUCCAGAUUAUGACCGCCGUGCAGACAAGCCUUGGGCCAGGUUAACUCCCGCAGACAAGGCAGCAAUACGGAAAGAACUGAAUGAAUUUAAAAGUACAGAAAUGGAAGUACAUGAGGAAAGCCGGCAAUUUACCAGGUUUCAUCGUCCAUAAUUUUUGACUACAUCCCAUAUUUCAUGUAACAAUUUUCUUUGGGGAAAUCAUUGCGUCCUGAAGACCGGAGGUUGCACUGGAACUUGACUGAGUGUGAGUGUGUGUUGGAGCUUACCCUGAGCUUAAUGAAGGAUGUGGCCCUCAUCUUUAUCAGUGAACAAAAGAUUUGACCAGGAGGUGAAACCAUAUGAAGUGUUCAUUUUAACUAAGAAAUAUUCCAAUGUUAAGAAAGACCAUGGUUCUGUGGCUAGCCCACAAAGACAAGUUGAUUGUCUUUUUCAUUGGAGCUUGACAAGUCAGGAAGAGCUGAAGACAAUCGUUUAAGAGCCUGUUGCCAGGAACUCGUCAGACUUUAUAGCAUUGUGAUUGAGGGUAACUGAGCAGAGGGAGAGUAAAAAGGACUGAGAGAGUGCGGGAUGAGAGACUUCACUUGUCAGUCAACAGAGAAAAAUGGUGUGGAUGGAACUGUUACUGAUGUACUUGGCCAGUGGGAGGAGUUAUUUUUUUAAAAAAUCUGAGAGUAUGAGCAGCUGUGUAUGUAUGUUUUUAGUGGCUGCAGCCUGUCUUAGCAAGAUAGGAAGCCACAAGUCCUCAUAUCAUCAGUACUUUAGUGAAGAACUGUAAUUUUCUCUGGUGCCAGUAAACCCAGUUGCCAGAAAUUAGUCCUAGUAUAACUCAGAUGUCUUUUUUCUUUUAAUUCUGGUGAGCAUGCUUCAAGAAAAUACAUUGAACAUUCAUGCAGAAGAAGUAAUUUUUUUUUUUAAUGUUGGCGUACUUUGGAUUCUCAAAUAUACAUAAAUAGGUUUUGAAGAACAAAUAACGUGACGCUAUGAGUGCAAUAGAAGGAUUAAUGUUUAGGAACACUCCUUUCUGUCACUUGCCAUCAAACCAGAGGGAUUAUUAUCCCUCUGACCUAUGGAAGGCACUAGUGACAACUUUGACACCAUUAUAGUUUGAAUCCAAAAUCAGCAUUGAAAUUGUGCACAAAUGUCCUUACUAGUAGAUUUGAGCAGUGAUUAAUAAUGUGACUUUUUAAGUUUAAGAACUGUAUUAGAUGAGUCUCUUGGACUGCUUUUACAAAGAACUCAGAGAUGAAUCAAUAUGUCUUCAACCAAUGGUCUUGUAAAAAUUAACAGAAAAUUAGAGUGUCUGCGGCCUGUUUUUUUUGUGUCUGAAGAAUGCUUAUUAGAAUCAUAAUUUUUUAUACUAUAUUGAAAUUGUAUAUGUGAAUACAAUACUAUUAAAAUUAAGUGAUACGAAGUGUGAAAGGCAAUACAUGCUUUUUCUAAGUUGGCCCAAAGGCCUAUUAAAAAGCCUGUGGCGUUGUUUACACUAAGAAAUUCUCUGUCUUAUAUUAGCACUUAUUUAUCCUUUGAAUUAAUGUACAUGACAUCUUUGGGAGCCUGGAAAUCACAUAUGCAUACAUUUAAUGCAGUAUUACAAUAUAUAUGCUAUUUAUCCUUUCUAAUGUGUGUACAUAUUACAAUUUAUUUUGGUCUUUUAUGUGCUCUGUUUAGUUUUUAAUUAUGCAGUGUAAGUAUUUCUUUUUCAGGCAAUAAAAGUCUGUGUAGAUGUGAUUUUUACCUCAGAACCUGCAGUAGAUUCUUGUGGAAUGUUUUUAGUUUAUAAAAUUGAAGAUUGUUGUUUUAGAUAUCAGUCUAAAGGCAGGAAGACAAUUUAAUGGCUAAAAUCAGAUCUCCCCCUUUACUGAUAUUUACAACAACAUGAGGUUUCCAUAAAUUUGGUUGAUUUUUUUUAGUAAAGAGCACUUCAAGUAACAGGAGAGUGCCUUCCAACAGCUGGCAUUCUAUUUAUUUUUAAAUAGUGUGACAAACCUUUUUUUAAGAAGAUAGGUUUAUGUGACUAUUAGGACCAUUUUACAUUUUAGUAAAAAUUCAAUGAUGUGAAGACCCAAAAAUAUCAAUAACUAAAUAAAAUACCAUCUACAUGCUUAUAGCAAAGAACAAGAACUAGCAUCUUCCUCUUUUAAUGGAAUCAGUAAGAGACAUUAAGGUUGCAUUUGCAGAAAACAAUUUAGGUUCUAUAAUGCCAUCAUUUUAUAAAUAUAGAAAUACCACUUCUACAUCAAGGAAACAUUUAAAAUGUAUACUUUGGCACUGAAUCGUACAGAAGUGAUCAGGCCAUUAAAGUUGAGAUUUGUCAGCAAUUCUGGUAGAAUCCUAAUUUUUAUUUUUAGGAUUUGAAGAGCAAACUUAAAAACUUACACUAGCACUUAAUAAAUAGUUCUCCUGCUUAAACCUUUACUAUUUUUUUGUUGCCAAAUUUAGAAGUGUUUGUUCAAAAUCCUAUAAAGGUCAACUAUGUGGACUUUGAAGUAUAAAGCGCAGUAUUUCACUUCAAAGGAAACAAGUGGAACAACUAAAUAGACCUCAGUGUUGCCUUAACCUCUUUCAAACAUUUGAAAGUAGCCAAGAUACUACAGGUUGCAAAGGCAGGAUAAUAACUUGAAGGUAAGAUCAGACUCUAUGUAACACAGAAGUUCCACUGACAUGCCAGGAUAUGUAAGGAUUGCACAAGUGAAUUAAAACUUGCUAGACUCUUAGAAUUAAGUUAUUGGGUUAACUUUGCAAGAGUCUACUGGGCCUGGAACAUGGAUGGCAGGAAAUGUGCCAGCUCCUCAUACAGGAAUUAAAACAUACAUAAAAUACAACUCGGGGUUCUGACUUCCUCAAACUGUACUUUGCCAUAAUACAUGAGGGUACACAGGUAAAGAAUCACUUACACUUUUGCUAUCCUCCUCCUGUUUUUUAGAGCAUGGUAGAUUUUUUUCUUUUCUUUUCUUUUCUUUUUCUGAAGUAUCCACUACAAUCCAGUGCUAAAGGCAAAACAACAGCCUGGAUAGAGAUGCUGAGCUACUCUUUUAUUUUUUAUGUACAAAGGUUUUUCCAUGAUAAAUAAUCAGAUGCAUUCUUUGGUUAGCAAUUCAGCAAAUUACUUAACCAAAUUUACAUAACUGGACAAAAAGAGUUGCCUUUAUCAGGACUUAUGUAAAAACAUAAUGUAUUUGCAGACUUAGAACUGUAAACUGUCCAUUGUAUCCAUGCACACACCUAGAAUUGCAUAUACUAUUUUUAUAUUGUAAAUAUCAACUGGCAAGAGAACAACAGCUGUAAAGUGCUAUCCAUGCAAUAAAAAAGUAAUGAGAUUUUGGUAUGUCAUUGCGUUCAAUGAAGCAAGUUUGCUUUACCUUAUUGAGCUGCCUGAGAUCAGGUUUCCACUGUAUCUCCUCGUUCUCUGUGUUGACUAUUACAAAUAUCUUUUUCAAAUUGCUAGAAGAGCCAAUUGGAAAGAAUAUGUCAUGUACCUAACCCUCCAGGAUGCUGCUUACCUGUCAGCAGCGAAAAAUCAGAAGUGCUGAGAAAGUCUUGACUGAGCAGUCCUUGAGAGGAAAAAAAAAGAAGUAAAAAGGAGGAAGAAAAAGAUAACACUAUCCAUGCAACACCUAAUACAGUCCAGCUGGCAAAAAAUGGAUCAAUGUGCUAAUUUUUAUCAAGUUGGACAAUUCAUUUAAAACUCUUCUAGAACAUGUGACAUACCUUACACACAAACCUAUGUUUCACAAAGUUACACAUGAACUCAGAUGUCUACACCCACACAAACAAAAUAAGCAUUGCCUGAAGUGGUUUCUAAUUGUCUGAUAUAUCACAUUAAUUAGCAUGAUCAUGCCCUGCAGCACUUUGCUGUCGAUGUGGAGGAACGGACCCUUAAACAAAUACUAAUUUCUUCUUUACAAAACAAAUUGAAACAGUUUUAGAAUGUCUCUCUGUCUUUUCACAUAAUACAUACAUAAAUCCUUAUAACUGAAAUUAGAUGUUUCAAAGGAAAACAUAAUUAUUUGAAAUUCCUCAAACUGAUAUAUGUGUAGACUCAGAAAGUACAAAAAAUAUUUACGCUAAAUACCAGUGAUUCAAAGUUAUGUAGGCCCAGGAACAGCAUCUCUUCAAAAUCACUGAAAGUAUUCACAGCCAUUUGUAGGUCUACAAGAUUGUAUGUACUUGCUGGCUUAGCAUUUACCUAGAGUUCUGUGUGUCCCUUGCUGUGGCUGACCUCUGAAGAGGUGCAGGGCUGUACAACUCCACCAUCUGCUUUGGUGAUACUUUCAUCAGCUCUUAGAGAAGCAGCACAACCUCAGCUGUUGACAUGUGAAAACCAUAUCAGAUGACCCUAUUCUUUUUUCUCUUUUUCUUGAAAACCAAUGACAGCUGUGAAACAAAGUGAGGAAAAAGUCCCUGAAAUUACAGAAAUUAGACCCCUCUUUCCAGGUGAUAUUCUGAUUUCUGUUUACUAUUGCUUUGUUUCCCAAGGAGUUACUUCAAACCCAGAUCUUGUGAACAGUAAUAUUACAGCUGUGCCAGAGAACUUGUUUCUAAACAGUUGUCCCUUAACCUGAUUAUAGAUGUGGUCUGGGCCACAGUUUUAUAUCAUCAGAAAAUGGAAGUGGGAUACAGCCAACAGAGAUUAAAAACAUGGUUCUAAUCUGGCAGCCUGGGAACCAACAGAAACCCGGUCAUCAGCUGCAAUCAACACUGGGUCAAAGCCCAUGUUUGUAACCAGGUUACGGACAAAUGCGCUGUAACCUGGAUAUGAAACAGACUGUACCAGUAGUACAGAUCUGGCCGAACACUGCUGGCAUUUUAAGCAGAAAUUAGAAUAUAAGCCCAUGUCUUAAUGUAUGCAUUAAUGCUUUAAUGAUAAAAUAAAUUUAGCUAAAAGCCUACAUUUGCAUUAAGUUGUCAGGUAUAGCCAAACUGCAUUAUUUCAUGCUUUCAUAUCAUCUGUUUUUAUUCGUAUCUCAAGGCGUUAAGACUUGUGCCGCUGCUGUAAAUUAAAAUGAAGACAUACUCAGGGUGAAAAACAGAAUAAACUUGCCUCCUGCCUUUAGGAGCUCCCAGAUUUAGCUGCAUUAUUGUUGUUAUCUUUAUUUUUAUCAUACAAUGCUCAGUGCAAUACUCUCUGCUGGGACCUAGCUUUUGAUGGACAAAAAAAGCAAUUCUGAAAGUUAGUAUUAGGUUGAUAUUAAAAUAUUUUGAGGAUAAAAUAAAAAGAAAAGUAAACCUCUGGAAUACCUUAAAGCUUCUAUUUGUAAACAGGUAUCUGAAAAAAAUUUAUGGAAGUGUUACCUAUAUAGAGAAAAGGAGAGAUGGGGUUAAAAAAUAACAUUUCAUUGCAAUAUUUGGACAGAUUUCUAUUUAUUAACUUUAAUGGUUAAUAAGGUCUUGUUUCAUUUUGUCGAUGUUCCCACCUUAUUUCAGGAUUUUAAUGGAAAUAGAGCUCAUAUGAACUAGGUAUAGCAUUUCACCAGUAUUUCAUUAUUUUCUAGGAGUUAAAUAUUGCAUUGGGUAGGAACAAAGAAAUGGUAUUCUCUGUAUCUCCUUGUUCAAUCAUUAAUUCUUUAUAUAAAAAGUCUUGCAAUAUUUUGUCAAAUUUAACCAUAUUUCAACAUUGUUAUAAUAUAGUAGAAUGUUACUGAACAUAACUUCUCUUCCUUUCACUACUUUGUGCGGUGGUAUAUUGAUUUGUAAACUUGUAUAAAUUUUGGAAUUAAAGAAAUACUGUGGUUUAGACAAUUA